AUUAAUUCAGUGUGCUGGAAGCAGAGGCCUCUGUUACGAACCAAUUCUCCUCUGCUUUAGACAGGAGGAACGACAGAUGCAGUCUCUGAACGAAGAGUCCCACAGAUGACAUGGUGACACAGUCACCAAAGGAUCGGAAGUGAUAAGAGCAUCCCAACCACUGCUCAUCCAUUACGUGUUGCUAGCGACAUGCAACAGUUCAUGAAAGAUUCUCCAAUCCGCCUCCAAAAACAGACAAACUAAGAAAUGUGAGCCAUAGGAUUUGUCAUUUCUGUGACAAAGCAAUUAUUUUUGGGUAUAUCUUUGAUUCAGAAUGAUCCAUAUUAUUCACGGGUCUCACGUGCAGUCCUUCUUCUCCACCGUAGCAGGAUCCAGUACACGAAGAAAGGGAAGGUUGUGGUAGCUCAGGUUUCACAAGAUCCAACAGGUUUCACAGGUAGGCUCGUGUGGCUCUUCCACCUAACAUGUCACCAAUGAUAGCUGCCAUUUCCGGAGAUCCCCCUGCUUGUACUUAUCACCUGGUUCCAACUCCAUGAUUGACACUCAUCAUCAUUUGUCGUUUCGCAAGCUUCUUCUUCGAGUCUUGUCCAAAGGUACCGAUACUAUUACUUCCAUUUCGGUGAGUGCACUCUGCUUCACGUUUGAUUUUGAAAGCUUUCAUGGGUGCAAUGCAGUUCUUUCCCUACUCAACCUCAAAGAAGACGAUCUGAAUCAUCAAUAGGUACUUUGCGAGACAUGGCUGGAUCUCCUGUCAUUGCACUUUAUAUUACGAUCUGCUGUCUUGCGUUUGUGAUGUCAAAGAUCAUUAUUUCUUUUCUGCUCUACAAAAGAUGGGCACGAAAACGCAGAAUCAUCGAAGAUUCCUUAUCAGGCGGAAGAAUGGUGGUGUUCAGGUCUCCAGCAGCACAAUCUCUGAGUUCCAAGGCUUUGAUGAAGAAGACGAUGAAGUUAUCAAACAAGGACAUAAUAGGAUCCGGAGGCUUCGGCACAGUCUACAGGUUGCCCGUAGACGAAAAGACUGCGUUCGCUGUAAAGAGAUUGAACAAGGGAAACAAAGACACAGACCGUGGAUUUGAAAGAGAGCUGCAGGCCAUGGGUGACAUAAAGCACAGGAACAUUGUCAGUCUCCAUGGGUACUACAUUGCAGCACAGUUUAAUCUACUCAUAUACGAGCUGAUGCCAAAUGGAAGCUUGGACACUCUGCUUCAUGUUUGUGAUGCAGGCAAAUCGAGCAAACAAAAACCUCUUGACUGGCCUGCAAGGUACAGAAUUGCAGUGGGUGCAGCAAGAGGCAUAUCAUAUCUGCAUCAUGACUGCAUACCUCACAUAAUCCACAGAGACAUCAAAUCAAGCAACAUACUGCUGGACCGGAACAUGGAGGCAAGGGUUUCUGACUUCGGAUUAGCAACACUGAUGCACCCAGAUCAGACCCAUGUUUCAACGAUUGUAGCUGGAACAUUUGGUUACCUUGCCCCUGAAUAUUUCGACACAGGGAGAGCAACAACAAAGGGAGAUGUUUACAGCUUCGGUGUGGUCUUGCUUGAGCUUCUAACCGGUAAAAGGCCCACAGAUGAAUCAUUCAUCGAAGAAGGCGCGAAGCUGGUAACCUGGGUAAAAGACGUCGUCAAAGAUGAAAGACAAGAGCAAGCAGUCGACAGCACCCUCAGCUGUUUUCCUACCGAAGAGGUGAAGGAAGCCUUCCGCAUUGCAGAGAAAUGCCUGGAAUCGGAUCCCUCAAAGAGGCCGGCUAUGGCGGAAGUUCUUAAAAUGCUCGAGCAAAUAAGUUCCCUCAUCAAUUAGCCAUUUCCUCCCAUUUGCUCAUGCAGACAGUCAUUAUUUCCGAUAAGAA